GUUGCAGUCCAGGCCUUGAGCUGGCUGCGGGAGCGGGAAGUGUUGGGGGCCGGAGCCAUGCGGAGGAUCAACAGCAGCCUGUCUAGUGAUGAUUUCCUCUUGGAGGAUCUGGAGACAGAAGGAGAGAGGCAGCUGAAGAGCCUCCUUCAUCAUCAGCUUGAUACUGCUGUCUCCAUUGAACAGUGCGUGUCCAAGCGAAGAUGCUUCGCCCCAGCUGCUCUUUACAAGCCCUUUGGAGAGGGGGCGGCAGGGACUCUGACCUUAUCGCAGUUCCAGGCACUGCAGGAGAGUGAGCAAGAAACAGCCUCUCUUCGGGAACUGGGGCUCUCAGACUCAGAGAUCCUGCUCUGGAAGAACCAUGCUUCAGCAGAUAAGGGCUCUGGGCUGGGAGCAGCCCCUGAAGCCAUGCGGGAACGGCUGCGAGCCAUCCAGGAGAAGAUCACAGAGCACCAGCGCAUUUUAUCCCUGCCGCAGAGGUUUGCUGGCAGCAAACAGCUGAACCGGAGGGAGAUGGAGAUUGAGAAUGCGCUUUUCCAGGGGACAGACCGUCACUCCUUCCUGCGGGCACUCUACCACCAAGAUGAAGCUCAGAAGAGGAUGGUGAAUGAAAAGGACCCCAUGGGUCACUUGGAGACUGUCUGUCAAGAGAUGCUGAAAAAGCCAUUGCCUGGGGAAUCCCAGUCUACAGAAAGUGAUCCAUGCUUGCCUUGUUUCCCCUCCCCAAGUGGACCUGUGAUUAAGGGUACCACACAGCUUCUGGAUCAGGGAGAGCAGACGGAACAAUAUGGAGGUCCCAGCCUCCCCGUGAUUAAGGCAGCAGGGGCUGUGGUCCAGAGACCCAUCCUGGGGUCUACAACUGUAAAGGAGCCCGUGGAGUUCAUCCCAGAAGAGGAGAUUCGCAAGAAUCGUCUCUCGGAGAAGGAGAUCAGGAGCAUCUCCCGGUUUUCCUCCUACGAGCCGGGAGAGCCAAGCAAGGUGCUGUAUUUGAAGAACCUGAGCACUCGGGUGACAGUGAGGGAGUUGGUCUCGCUGUUUGCUCGGUUCCAGGAGAAGGAUGGCCCACCGAUCCAGUUCCGCCUGCUGAGUGGCCGCAUGAGGGGCCAGGCCUUUAUCACCUUUCCCAGUGUCGAGGUUGCACGGAAAGCAAUGCUGCUGGUGAACGGCUAUAGCCUGAUGGGGAGAAUGCUGGUGAUAGAGUUUGGGAAAAGUAAGGUGCAGUCAUCAAGUGUUGACUCUGCCUCCCACACCUCGUGUGCCACCGCCAGUGCAGAGAAACCCACUACCCAACUAGUGGACAAGUAAUCUGUGGAGCGUGUGUGGAUCCUCAUAGACUGUGGUUACUCACCUUUUGGAACAGUCCUUUAAUGUUCUGAUUCUGAGCUCAACAUUCAGGUAUAUAAGUCCCAGCAUGGGUCAUGGGAGUCCUGAGAGCUAAGUUCCUUCAAGUGAGAUGCAGAGGAAAGCUAGAGGCAGCCCCGCUCAGCAUGGGACAGAGGUGACUCUUGGGAUGACAGGAACAGAGGCAACCUCGCCUGGUGUAAGGCAGAAGGAAUGCUGAGGUCAGUGGCUUGGUAACAGACGCUGGUCUGAAGGAGUCUGAGGAUCUGAAAUUGGUGUGUGUUUGAACACUCAUACCAUGCAGCAUAUUCUGAGGGCUGAGUCCUGUGCUGUAUUCCAUUCUGUAUAUAGUUUAAACAAAUAGCUUUAUGCUGUUUGCACAGGAUGCCUGUUUUGUCACCACCUCCAGGGUAAGUGGUAGCUGUUCCUGCCUGUUUAUAUCUGUAUUUUGGUGCUGCCUGCUGAAUGGCAUUUAAGGGGGGAGAAUAUGUGAAUAAAUGUGUUCAGGUUGUG